AUGGUGUUGGAGGACGCCUCCACCCCCGAUUCGGCCUUUUCUUCUCCACCCCCUCCGUCGUCCGACAUGGACCGCUACGAUGGCSAUCAAUCCCCCACCUUCCUCUCCACCCGCUCGCCCUCGGCCUGGCCCGUUACACGACCCAAUGGACUUCCUCCCCUGUAUAUCAACUUUUCCAACCUUCCAAUGCCGUGGUUUCCCAUGGGGCAAGGGCAGUCCGAUGCAAUAGCCCAGAAGCAAAUGGGCGAGACGGUGCAGAAAGCCAGCGACGAUUACUACAAGGUCGUCGGUCGUCCCUUUGAGCAAGCCGAAGGCGAUGCUCUGGUCUAUCACCUCGCCAAAGCCCUCCGUCUAGCAUCAUUUGGUCCUCCCUUGGGAAUAUUGACAGCAGGUCUGAUUGCGUACAGACCACAAGCACGGCAGAGUUAUCGCUUUCCGGGCUGGACACCGGGAGAAAAGUUCAAUCCGGACAAAUUCUUCAUGCUAAAGGGACGAUUUGCUAGGGCCGCGUGGCAGGUGUUGCGAUUCAAUGCAUACGGCGCCUUGGGCCUGUUCGCCGGCGAGAUUCUGAUGGGGAGCUAUGCGAUGACUGUGGCGAAUGUCGGACGCUUGCAGGAUCCUAGGCUGAAGGAUGUCAACGAAACGUUGAAGAAGAUGUCCCAGGAGAGAGCGGCGCAAAAGGGACUGCCGAUUGAGGACCGCACAGAGGGGAGAAGAGGACAGGAGAGCUUUGAGAUGGCGAGGCAGAGGACAAGGGCGCAAAGCUCAGGCACGAGAACAACCAAUACUGGCGACGACAUGUCACCCACUGGUGGUUCGUUCAAGGAGGACUUUGAAGCCUCCCAAGGAGACAUGGGCAUGUUGAGCGAUUCUCAGAUUCAGCAAUUGCAACAGCAGGAGCAGAGGAGUGAAGAGGCUGCAUACAAGGCUUCAUCAGCACAAGCGGCAUUGCCACAGACUGCCUCACGGCCGUCGAAUACUAMACAAACACAAUCUCAGCCAGCAACAAGCAACAGCGGAAGUGCAUGGGAGAGGUUGCGACAGCAGCAGACCGGCCAAUCCACACAACAACAACAACAACAAUCACCUUCGCGAGGGGUUCAAAGACAACCCAACGACGACGAUGACGCUUUUGGCUUCGGUGGUGGUAGCAAUAUGUCCCCUCAAGACCGAAGUAGGGCGAGUUUUCAGUCAGGGCAGAAUACGUCACCAUCAAGAUCCGACGCACAGCGAGAGUUUGACGCCCAGCUGGAUCGGGAGCGUCAAGGCGAGAACUUAAAUGAUAAGAGCAGCAAUAGUAGGUGGUGA